AUGAGUAUCAAAGACGCCCGUGGAUCUGGUCACCACCACCAUUACCAUGGCCCCUGCUCGACAUUCGCUUUCGACAAGUGGUUGAACGAGAACAGAAAGCAACAACCUUGGAAUGUUUUGCGGGAGAUUGAAGAUGAGCGGUUGGAGAGUCUGGAAUCGACAACUCCCAAGCAUGCGAAGGACCCAAAAACUCGUUGCUCGACGGAUUUUGGAUACGGCAUCAGUGAGACAGUGAGCUGGGCUGCAGAAACCAAAAAGCAUCAAAAGAAUCGGUCUCGUUGUAUGGACGCACCAAAUUCCCAUGAUGGGCAGAGGCUGGAUCACUACCAAGUUUCACCAGACCGAGUCAAAGCCAGUGCGGAAGAUCUCAAGAACAUUGGGUACAUGCUUGAAAAGCCGACGAGGAAGAGGGAAAAUGCAACACGUUGAUAAUCGUUGUCCAGAUGACGGGACCAUUUCUGUUUUUCGAACGUAGAA